CGCACACACACAGACACACGCACACACACAGACACACUGAUAGUGCGACAUGUUGCAGCCCAGGGUUCUGGUUCUGGUUCUACCGAUGGUCUGCUUCUUCCUCAACCUGUCCCCUCUGCCGGCGGACGGACAGACGGGCGGCCGGACCGGGGGCGCCGGGGGCAUCGGGGGCGCCGGGGGCGGUGCAGACCGGAUCCAGGUGAUGUUCACGCCGUCCGUCUGUAAGGUGCGCUGUUCACACGGCCGCUGCGUCAACGUGUGUGAGAGAGGCAACGUCACCAGUCUGUACAACAGCCAGCCAGCCGGAGAGAGAGACAGCUCCCCCCGGUCCGGGUUCAGAGUCUUCCUUUGUCCUCUCCUGUGUAAAAAUGGUGGUGUGUGUAUCCAGAAGGACCGCUGUCUCUGUCCUCCGAACUUCACUGGGAAGUUCUGUCAAAUCUACACCCCCCCCUCACUGUCCUCGACCAAUGAGAUUGUCAAGCAUCUGCCAGCCCCGUCCACUGGAGCCAAUCUCAUGCUGACCCACUCUGAAUACCUCCUCCCCCUGCAGAACCAGGAGGCGGGACAACCGGGAGCUCCAGGCUCGCCUAUGGUGAAGGUCCGAGUGCAGCACCCCCCGGAAGCCAAUGUGAAGAUACACCAGGUGCUGAAGCUUUCAAGAUAUAGCCCUUCCCUGCACGCACGCACCUCCAGCUCACAGUCGGGGACACUGAGGCAGUCAGCAGGGGCGCCAGCACCGGCAGGCGGCGAGGUCCAGGCCCAGACCGUGACAGGAGACGGGACGUACACCCAACACUCUGGGUUCAAGUACUGCUUCAGAGCGGUCAAAGACAGCCAGUGUAGCUCUCCUCUUCCAGGUCUCAGGUCAAAGGACACCUGCUGUCGAGGUUUGGGGAAGGCCUGGGGCAUCACCGAGUGUGUCCUCUGUCCACCUGAUAAAGGUCAAGGCAACAGUAGCUGUCCUGCUGGCUUUGACUCACUCAGUGGAACACACUGUUCUGAUGUUAAUGAGUGUCUCCAGCCAGGGCUGUGUGAGAAUGGGAUCUGUGUGAACACCAGGGGGAGCUAUAGCUGUGUGUGUAGGGCAGGGUACAUCCUCGAUGCCUCACAUGGAAUCUGCAUCUCCCAGAGCGUGAUAUCGGAGGAGAAGAGUCAGUGCUACAGGGUUCUGGGCUCUGGCAUGGGCCCGGCUUCCUGUUCUCUGCCCAUCCUGAGGAACAUCACCAAGCAGAUCUGCUGCUGCAGCCGUGUGGGCAAAGCUUGGGGCCCCAGCUGCCAGAGAUGCCCCUACUUCGGAUCAGUGGCAUUUAAGGAGAUCUGCCCGGCGGGUCCUGGUUAUCAUUACUCAGCCUCUGCCCUGCAGUUCAGUCAGAGAGCAGCGCAGCAGCUGGAGGCUGGAGGACCUCGCCUGGUCACUAACGAUCAGACAAGAAGCUCCAGCACAGCCGUCCAUCCAUUCAUCCAUCCAGGUUCUACUUCUCAGACCAGCAGCAGUGGAGGGACCAGGUCCCAGCAGCAGUCUUCCACCAGUGGACAAACCUCCUCUAGUUCUGGUUCCACCAGUAGAAGUUCUGCUUCCAGCCAGGCCAAACCCAAUCUUCCAUCAUCUGGUCCUUCUCAGUCUAGUCACAGCAAACCCCCAUCAGCGGUGGGCCGCCCCCACAGCCGGCCUCAGCAGCCAGGGGCCGCGGGUACCACUCUGACCAUGAAUAAAGCCCUGACCCCAGGCCAGGCUGGGGCCCCUCAGACCCCUCACACCAGACCUGCGACAGGAGGAAUUGUCAUAAACCAACCCAGACCAUCAUCGCCUCUGUCCACAGGAGGUCAAGGAGGUAGAGGAGACUCUCUCCCGGUGCUAGCCUGGCCAGAGGGCUCUGUGUCCGGGUCAAAUGCUGCCGCCCCUCUCCCGACUCCUCCCAACGGAGCAGCUGUCACCCCGACACCUCGGCCCGCCACCAGCCACACCACUCUGCGGAGUGUGUGUGAGACUAGGCCAGGUGUGUGCGGUCAUGGUCGCUGUGUGGACCAGCCAGGUGGGAGACAUACAUGUGUGUGUGACCAGGGCUACCGACCUAACCCUCAACACACGUACUGCCAAGAUGUGAAUGAGUGUGUCCAGUCUCCAGGUCAGUGUCCAGUGGGAGAGUGUGUCAAUAUGGUUGGGAGCUACAGGUGUGUGUGUCCAUCUGGAUACAGGAGCAACACACAACAGACUACCUGUCAAGACGUUGAUGAAUGCCAGCAGAGUCCCUGUAACAAUGGCCACUGUGAAAACACCGCUGGCAGCUUUAAGUGUGUGUGUGUCCUCGGCUACAGACUGGAGGGGAACACCUGUACAGAUGUAAAUGAGUGUGAGGACCCGCUGCAGUGCCCUGGCCAGGAGUGUGUGAACAGCCCGGGGUCAUACAGGUGUGUGUCCUGUCAGCCUGGAUAUGGACUGCUCAAUGGGCUCUGUACAGAUAUUGACGAGUGUCAGCAGUCGCCGUGCUCCGGCGGUCGCUGUGAGAACACACCUGGCAGCUACAGGUGUGUCUGUCGCCGUGGCUACAAGCUGCAGGACAACCGCUGCACAGACAUAGACGAGUGUGUAGCGGCGUCUCAGUGUCCAGGACAGAUGUGCGUGAACUCUGAGGGAUCCUACCGUUGUGUGUCCUGUCGGCCUGGAUACACACUUAGUAACAGACAGUGUAUCGAUGUGGAUGAGUGUAGUCAGACUGAGGGUGUGUGUGGUAGAGAUUCUCAGUGUGAAAACACUGCAGGAGGCUACAGGUGUCACUGUGGAACAGGAUACCAGUUACACAAUAACAUCUGUACAGAUAUUAAUGAGUGUGAAGUCGGUGGAGUGUGUGUUGGUCAGGAGUGUGUGAACACAGAGGGAUCCUACAGCUGUGUGAACUGUAAGGAGGGAUUUCACAGUACCAACGGACACUGUACAGAUGUGGAUGAGUGCCAGCAGAGUCCCUGUGAGCACGGCCACUGUGAGAACACCGACGGCAGCUUCAAGUGUGUGUGUCUCCUCGGCUACCGGCUGGAGGGCUUCACCUGUACAGACAUAGACGAGUGUUUAGAAGUGUCCCAGUGUCCAGGACAGAUGUGUGUGAAUUCUCAGGGAUCCUACCGCUGUGUGUCCUGCCAGCCUGGGUACCGCAGCAGCAACGGAACCUGCCAAGAUGUAGAUGAAUGUGUGAGCGGCAGUGUGUGUGGGCCGGAGCGUGUGUGUGUUAACACUCUUGGUUCAUUCAGGUGUGACUGUCUGCCUGGGUAUCGAACCACCGGCCUGGGGAGACAGUGCAGAGAUAUCAAUGAGUGUUUGGAGGGAGAGUUCUGUUUCCCCAGAGGAGAGUGUGUGAACACACAGGGAUCAUACCAGUGUGUGUGCGCUCAGGGUUACACUCUCAGUGCCAAUAAAACCACCUGCAUCGAUGUAGAUGAGUGUGUGAGGCAGGGUGUGUGUCAGGAUGGAAACUGUGUAAACACUGAAGGAUCUUUUGUGUGUGAAUGCCAGACCGGCUUCACCACCAACCCAGAGAGGACAGCCUGUCUUGAUGUAGAUGAGUGUGUGACGUCAGAGGGGUCAGUGUGCGGGUCGCAGCAGUGUGAGAACACCAUUGGCUCUUUCCGCUGUGUUACUUCCUGUCAGCCUGGGUACCGCGUCACACACACAGGAGAGUGUGUCGACCUUAACGAGUGUGCCAAUAAGACAGUGUGUGGGCAACAUGCCUUCUGUCAGAACCUGAUUGGGACAUACCAGUGUGUGUGUGACCAGGGCUACACCUCCACCAGGGAUGGCAAGGCCUGUGUGGACGAGGACGAGUGUGUGUCCAUGCUGGGGGUGUGUGGCACGGCGCGCUGUGAGAACGUGGAGGGGUCCUUCAUGUGUGAGUGUGACAGAGAGGGGGAGGAGUUUGAUACCAGGACAGGACAGUGUGUCAGCACCACGCGACAAGGUCAUCCUGCUUCAUCAGAGACCUCCUCUUCCUCCCAGUUUAUUCCCAGUUCGGUGGGCGUGUCUCUCCUGCCCCCUCUCCCUGCUGCGCGGCCGGGGGAGCUGAGGGAGUGUUACUACAACCUGGCAGACAGCGCCACCUGCAGCCUGCUUGCCACCAACACCACCCAGCAGGAAUGCUGCUGCACCCUGGGAGAGGCCUGGGGACUGGGUUGUCAGUACGAUGCCUGCCCCGCCCUCCAAACUGCCGAGUUUCUGUCUCUGUGUCCCAGUGGGAGAGGAUAUGUGACCAGUGGAGCAGGAGCCUUCAGCUACAGAGAUGUGGAUGAGUGUAAGCGUUUCCAUCCAGAGGUGUGUAAGAGUGGAGCCUGUGUCAAUAACAUCCCCGGAUACACCUGCUACUGCAACAGUGGAUAUGUCUAUGACCCCGUCCUGCUGGAGUGUGUGGAUCAUGACGAGUGUGAGGCGGAGGAGAGCUGUCCAGGAGGAGUGUGUGUAAACACGGUUGGGUCAUACUACUGCAGCUGUCAGCCCCCCCUGGUGUUGGAUGACACUCAGCGCAACUGUGUGAACUCCUCCGACCUCACCCUGGAUGAGAACGUGUCUUUCUGCUGGCAGCACGUCACAGCAGACCUGGUGUGUCAAAGUCCUCUGAUGGGUUUUCAGGUCACCUACAUAGACUGCUGCUGUCUCUACGGGGAGGGCUGGGGGCUGCAGUGUGCUCUCUGCCCCGCCAGCGACUCAGAGGACUACGCUAAUCUGUGCAGCUCUGUUCUGCCGCCACCCUUUCCUGACCCGUACAGACCAGAAGCGGGUCCGGCUCUGAGUCCAGACAGCAGAGGAAGAGGAGGAGCAGGUCCUCCCUUCGGCGCCCCCUAUGGUUCAGACUCCUUCCCUGUAGCUGUAGCUCCGGGCAGAGACUACGGUGGCAGCGAUUAUGAUGACUACACACCAUCAGCGGGCAGCAGACCAGGAUUCAGAGGGAGGACUCCAGGAACAUACAGGAGGCCAGGAUAUGGUGUGGAUGGUUACUAUGAUGAGGGGGACUAUGCCCCCCCUGACAGCACACCUCCCAGACCCCCCUCCUUUCGUCUCCCCGCAGACCCCCGCUCUGAGAGGGCCUUUGGGGUCCGCCCUCCACCGCCCUCCCGGCCUGAGGGCCUCCCUCUCAGCCUGGCCCCACUCCCCGGGGCUGGACCCUACACCCAGGAGGAGGAAGAGGAGGAGGAAGAGGAGGAACCAUGGAGGGCGGUACCUCCCUUCCCUCCUUUCACUGACAGGAGAGAAGGACCACCGCAGAGGGUCUAUGAGAGGCGUUAUGAUUCGUUCGCAGGGCUGAACGCAGCAGAGGAUUGUGGGAUACUGCACGGCUGUGAGAAUGGCAGGUGUAUCCGCGUUUCCGAGGGUUACACCUGUGACUGUUACCAUGGAUACCAGCUGGACAUGACCUCUAUGACCUGUAGAGAUGUUAACGAGUGUGAGGAUUCUCGUGGCAUCGAGUACGAGUGUGUCAACGCUCGCUGUGUCAACACUGAGGGAUCUUUCCGCUGUGUUUGCAGGAGAGGCUACAUCAUGUCCCGCAGACCAAACCACUGUGUGGCUGCUUAGAGUAGACCCAACUGGACCAGACCAGACCUAUCCUGACCAGAGAAGAUCAAACCAGUCCAGAUAAGGCUAGACCAGACUAGACUUCACUAGACUAGUCUACAUUAAAGUAUAGUAGUUCAGAUCAGACUGGGUUAGACUUGGCUAGACUACGUUUAACUGGACUAGUCUAGAUUAGAAUAAAUUGGAGUUGUCUUGACCAGACCAGAAUAGACUUGACUUGACUAAAUGUUCAGUUUAGUCGAGUUUAAAGACGGCUGUCUAGAAAUGGGAUUGUUAAGCCUUUUUUCAGUGGCCCAGUCAGACGGAGUUAAACUGUUUCAGCACAGGAUCAGUUUCACUGAGACACACUGACGGCCUCGUUAUGCAGGGACCUCAGCUAGCAGCUAACUCAGCCUCGUUAUCUUAGAAGAUAACGCCAUCUGUAACAAGCCGGGUCUCAUUAUCACAGUUUUUCCAUCGUUCAUACCAGUUAUGAUGUCAUUUACUCCCUGGCUUCAUUCAGUAGAUGUUGGACAUGGACCACCGCUGGACUUCACAGCGGGGUCUUAUGUCAAACAACAAACGCCCCCUAGUGUCUCAGUCAGACUGUGUCCAUGACUGUCCAUUGUCUAGGACUUCUCUAUGGUGCUGGCCGGCUAGUUUAUGGAUGGUACUACUACCUACGGUAAGUAGAGGCUGCUACUUCCUGCAGGCUGACCCAGGAAGUAGAUCAGCAGCAUCAUCCACCACGGAUCAUAUUGUACAUCCCACAGCAUGACUUUUAACCUGCACUCCCACACACGUGCUUUAGAUAACGGGGUUAAACUGGACUUGCUGAAACAUGUCUGACACUCCUGUCCGGUAGACCCAUAAGACACCGCUGUAAAGCUGAGUCCAGCCAGCGGUGGUCCAUGUCCAACAUCUGCUAAAUGAAGCCAAUAAUAAUCAUUAAAUUUAUACAGGGCUUUUCUAGACAGCCAAAGCGCUUCACAGUGAAGGGGGUAACUCACCUCAACCACCACCAAUGUGCAGCACCACCUGGGUGAUGCACGGCAGCCAUGCUGCAGCAGAACGCUCACCACACAUCAGCUUGAGGUGGAGAGGGAGGACUCAUUGAGCCAGUUACAUGGGGGGUGAUUAGGUGGUCAGGUGGAGAGAGCCAGGUUGGGAAUGUUGCCAGGACACCGGGGACCCCCUAAUCUUUGUGAUAAGUGUCAUGGUGUCUUUAAUGACGUGUCAUCUGAAGUACGGCAUGUCCUACAGCACAGUGUCCCCGUCACUGCACUGGGGUACUGGGAUUUGAUAUUCGUUUUUUUAUCAGGACCAGCGGGAAGACUGCCCCCUACUGGCCCACCAACACCACUUCUGGCAGCAACUCAGUUUUCCUGAUAGGUCUCCCGUCCAAGUACUAGCCAAGCUCAUACCUGCUUAGCUUGUGUCACUCAGCAGAGUCAGGGUACAUGCUAGCAUGGCUGCUGGCGGUGAGUAGAAUGACAUCAUAACUGACAUGAUGCUCAUGGUCCCCAUACUGAGUGGGACACAUUAAACGGCUGAAGCUUGGUGGCCACUGCUGUAGAGCCGUUUGGCAAUUUUACUAUGAAAACUUAAAGGAGGUUGUAAUUUGAAGUAAAAGGGGGUUACAGGUCUUAACAGGAAGUCAGGUGGGGGUGAAGUGUUUUUCUGAUAUAUUGAGCAUAUUUUGGUAGUAGGAAUUAUUUUUGACACAUUUUAAAAGCUAGUGUGUUUUACAUGACCUUAUGUAACACUCAGUAAUGUAGGACGACUUCUGAUCCCAGCAGGGAUUGAACAUGAUUCUACCACUGUUAACCUCACACAGCAAAACUCUGUCAGUGACCUUUGUCAGUGACCAUUGGGAAAUUCAUUGAGCUUGAUGAGAACAAAACGAACGUAAAAAGUCUAAACCCAACAGUACAUUCUGCUGAUGAUAGGCAGAACGGUGAUGAAGAUUACACCUGCCGGGCCGCCCUCUCCUCUGAAGCCUGCACACAACUUCUUAUUUACUUAUCAAAUCACCCUGGAAAACAUCAAGUCAUCCACCAACAUUUUACAUGCUAGUCUUUCCUCUGUGAUGUGAGCCCUGAGAUUCAAACUCACGUUUCAACUUCUCAGUUUAACAACAGACGUCUCUUCUGUUAAUUUAUGCUUUUUGAUUUACUUUACUCACUUUGCAUUCUUUGACUUUCUGGAGAAACUUUGAUGAAAAUAUUUAAUGUGUGUGUUUUUUCCCCCCAAAGAAGUUCAGAAUCACUGACAUGCCUGCACAUUCAGUAGAGAGGAAGUGUAGCGAGGUAGAGCUUUGUUGUGUUGCAGCUGACAGUUCAUCACAUUCAGUAGAGAGGAAGUGUAGCGAGGUAGAACUUUGUUGUGUUGCAGCUGACAGUUCAUCACAUUCAGUAGAGAGGAAGUGUAGCGAGGUAGAGCUUUGUUGUGUUGCAGCUGACAGUUCAUCUUUGAAUGAAACAUGAUGGACACUUCCACACUGGAAUGAACCAGAAAGAAAGAAAAACAGUUUUACUUGGUAUCUGUCAGAUGCUGAAAUGCUGCCCUACUCUGAGUGCCAACAUUGUGUACAUAUGAAUUUACAUUUUCACAAAGUACUCUUUUUUACCAAAUGAAAGCUGUUUAAGAAGAUGUUAGUUGAUUGUUGUUGUUGUGUUAACAUGCAGAUGUAGUUUACCAGCUGAACGCAGCCUCUUAGCCAACGUAUACCAACAUGCACUGUAUCUGCCAGAGACCAAGGCUUCACCUUCACACAGAAAAUGUUAUAAACUGUUUGAAUUUUACUCUCUGGUGUUUGCUAAAUUCUAUUGUUUUGAUCACUGAUUCUUUUGUUUUUAUUGGAAAUGCUUAAAUGAAAAUAUAUUUGCACACAUGUAAUA